AUGGAAAUCAGUGGAAUAGGAGCGCUACGAACUAAAGCAAAGUACAUAGCUGUUGUCGGACUCAAAUCCCUGCAUACGGGUUUUUCAUCGUUAUUGGAAGCGGUUAUCAUGCCAUCGAUUUCAUCGUCUCAGCCACGAACCACUAUCGAUAUUGUUCGCUGGGGAAUACCCAAAAACAUAAAUUUAGCCGACACCAGCUUUUAUAUCCCCGGUGCUAUUGAUCUGCUUCUUGGUGCGAGCGUUUUCUUCGAAAUUCUUUCUGUGGGGCAAAUAAAGUUGCACAAAAAUCUACCUAGACUGCAGAAGACACGGUUGGGCUGGAUUGUUGCUGGAGCUCUAACUUCACAUUCCCCACUCUCGUCAUCAUCGGUGUUAACAUCGUCGUACUUGCCUUAUAACGAGUCAUCUUCACUCACGAACUCAUCGCUGGAAGCCCGCUUGGAAAAAUUCUGGGAUAUAGAAGAUAACUGUUAUAAACUAUCGCUGGAGCACGCAAUUACAGAGCAUGAAUGUGAAGAACAUUUUCUCCGAAAUACUACGCGCUGCUUGUUCACCAACAAAUUCAUCGUACGCCUCCCCUUCAUCGAAAAUCCCGCUGGGUUAGGCAAUUCACUGGAAACUGCUCGCCGAAGAUUUUUCGCAAUAGAAAGGAGACUAGAAAGCAACGAGGAGAUGCGGCAAGAGUACAAGGCGUUCAUGAACGAGUAUAGUGAGCUAAAACACUUGGUGCCGGUUGAUCCAAGGGAGUUGACGUCAAGGUGGGUACGUACAUUCCCCACCACUGUGUUGUGA